AUGGCCAAGUCCAUCAUCAAAAGGUACCAAUUUGUCAAAAGACGUCAAAGACGAGCCUUCAGAAAACGUUAUUCCAGCAUCAAUUUUGGCCAAAGAAAUUACUCUCUCUACAUAAGCAGGGUCCUGAAGGAAGUUGUCCCCAUGAGAGGCCUGUCAUCGAACACUGUGGACAUUAUGAACACCCUGAUCAAUGACCUCUUUGAACGCAUUGCCACGGAAGCCUGCCAACUGAUGUACUUCAGAAAGCGCUGCACCCUCACCCUAGAAGAUAUCCAGAAGGCAGUGUAUCUGCUGGUGCCUAAGAAGCUGGCUAAGUCGGCAGUGACUUUUGGAAGUAAAGCAGUGCACAGAUUUAUCCACUCCUAA